AUGACAAAAUUAUCUCAAAAUUGGAAGAAAUUAAGUUCUAAAAUACAAGACAAACCCAAGAAUGGUUCGGUAAAGAAACCUAUUUCCAAAACCAAGACUUCCAAGAAAUCUAAAGCUUCAAUAUCAGAAAAACUACAAAGUACUACCAAUACUACAACCAAUGUUGUUCCCAUAAUAUCAUCAACUAAACCUACUGCAACACCACUAGAAUACACUCUCUGGACACAAAAUAAUACUAUAAAUAUAUUAAAUAUACCGAAAACCUCUAAACCACUACCAUUAUCAAGGAAUGAUAGCAGGAAACUAGAUCCUGGUAAAUACGUAGCAUUAGAUUGUGAAUUUGUUGGAAUAGGUAAAGAUGGAGAAGAAUCAGCAUUAGCAAGAAUAUCAAUUAUAAAUUAUUAUGGAUUUGUACUUUUAGAUACUUAUGUACGACCAAAAGAAAGAGUUACUGAUUGGAGAACUUGGGUUAGUGGUAUACAAAGUCAUCAUAUGCAAGAUGCUAUAGAUUUUAAAACUGCACAAUUGAAAACUAUUGAAUUAAUUAAUAAUAAAAUAUUAGUGGGUCAUGCUUUGAGUAAUGAUUUAGAUAUGUUAUUUUUAUCUCAUCCCAAAUCGAUGAUUAGAGAUACUUGUCAAUUCCCAAAAUUUAGAGAGAUUGCUGGUGGGAAAUCACCAAGUUUGAAGAAAUUGAUUAAACAUUUUAUUCAAGUUGAUAUACAAAUUGGUCAACAUUCUUCUGUUGAAGAUGCUAGAGCAACAAUGUUACUUUUCAGAUUGUUUAAAAAGGAAAUUGAACAAUCUAUGCGUAAUAAAAACAAACGACAUUGA